AAAGCAAUGUCAAGGUUCCUGCUUGAUUAAAUUUACAAUAAAAAUGGCUUUGAGCGGAUCUCUGCUCAAUAAAAGUAGUUCUCAGGAAAGAUCCGAUCUUGUGGCUUUUUGGAGUGUUCCACUCCUCGAUGGGGUACAUACGGUAGAGUUUGAACAUGGGGGAACAACCGGAAAGAGAGUUAUACGAGUGGACGGCAAGGAGAUAUCGAGACGCGACUGGAUGUUCAAACUAGUCGGUGAUGAAAAAUUUACUUUAGGAAAACAAGGCGCUAAAUGCGAAUUGCGUGUCGAUCCUUUGCCACAUUUUGCAUUUGCGUACAGUCUGUAUGUAGAUGGAAAACCGCUGGAGAAGUUUACUGAAAAACAGUCACAAACGACGAGAUCGUGGGCAGUUGUAGCUGAAGGAAAACGCUACCGCGUUGUUUUUGAAAAACAAACUUUGAAUGUGUGGGUUAAUGGACAGUAUGUGGAAACCGAAAAUGUUUUUAUUGAAGGUGGAAGCGAGAUGACUUUUGAAUUUGAAGAUUUGAAAGGUACCAUUCGAGCCACUUCGACUAAUCGAAAACAGGGAGUUAUUCAUCAACUUUUUGUUAAUGGCAAAUUAAUUGAAGAAGAUACAAUUUACUAA